UUUACGAGGCUACCGACCUGAAACUCCAAAGAAUACGCCAAGAAAGAAAGUAUGAUUUCCAAAAAUUUACCGCCCUAGGAAACCGUUUAUAUAUAUGAUCGAUAUUCUACUAAAGGCAGCCAAUUAUACAUCACCACGUGUCCACUUUCUAUUUCUGUAGCCUAUAUAUAAGUUCCACUAGCGAUACAAACCAAAGCAGUUAUUAUUGAGUAUUGAGAGAGUUUCUUGUAACGCUCUGAUCUUUUGCUUCAGUUUCUCUCCAUUUUUUUUUCUAAUUUUCUUAAGAAAUAUUCCAAGAAAGUGACGGAAAAUGGGAACAGCAACCUUCAUAGACAUCAUCAUUGCCAUCCUCUUGCCACCUCUUGGCGUCUUCCUUAGAUUUGGAUGCCAUGUUGAAUUCUGGAUCUGUUUGGUCUUGACUUUGUGUGGGUACCUUCCUGGGAUUAUCUACGCUAUCUAUGCUAUCACAAAGUGACGAACUCAUUUGAGAGUUUGAUCGAUUGUGAAGACCAUGUUUGUCUUGUUAUUGUUUGUGGAUUUAUUUUUAAACGUUGGAUGGACAGUAUUGGUGUAGUGGUAUAAUGGGCAGAGAUGAACGGUUGAUCCUUCAUCUUGAGUGUGUGUAUGUGUCAGUAUCAUAUAUUCAAGGCCUCUUCUCUUCAGUUUCUUUUGAAUAAUUUUUUGCUAUCUUUAUUCGAUGUAAGGUUUGGUUGGAAGGACUACCGAUAUAUUAGGAUAUUUUAUUUUUAUUUUUGUAA